AUGGGAGAGCUGGAAAUUUAUCUGGUACCAAUCCUCCCAGAUAAAUCUUCAUUGAGUGGACUCCCAAAGUUUGAUCGGAUGCUUAUGGGCACGGGUCCGGAUGGGCAUGUAGCUUCUCUUUUCCCUAGACAUCCACUGAUCCUCAAGGAAAAUCAGGAAUGGGUUACACCAGUCUCUCCAAAACCACCUCCAGAGAGAAUCACCUUCACUUUCCCUGUGAUCAAUUCUUCUGAACAUAUUGCACUUGUGUGUGGCGCUGGUAAAGCUGGGGUGGUGGAAUCAGCAGUGGGAAAUAGUCAGAAUUCUGAUGCAAAUGAUUCAAAGCUGCAGGAUUGCAUGUGUUAG